AUUUUUCCAUUUCUUGUGAUUCAACCUUCAUUACUUUCUACAACCCAAAAAAAAAAAAAAAAAAAAAAAAACCUUCAUUACUUUUAUAACGUCAUUCUCUCUCAAGUGGAUUGCUCUCUUAAUUUAUACAACGAGAAGAGGAAAAUGGAAAUUAUCACUUCAAUCAUAUCAAAAAUUGGAGAAAUGUUGGUGGAGCCCACUGGAAGACAGCUUGGAUACUUAUUUCACUAUAAAGUCAACAUUAAGGCUCUUGAAGAUGAAAUUGAUAAACUGAAGAAUAGGCGAGAUGAUGUACAAAGGUUGAUCGAUGCGGCAAUUAGAAAUUCAGAAGUCAUCGGAGCUGAAGUUAAGAGGUGGGUUUCAGAUGUUGGAGAAGUUCUUGAAAGAAGAUGCAACAGCAGACAAAAUGUGCUUCCAUGGAUGGUGCCCAAACUUGAAGUUGCAACAUUCUUUGGGUAGGAAAGCCAAGAAGUACGCAGAGGGUGUUCUGAAGCUCCAACAAGAAGGAAAGUUCGAUAGAAUAUCCUACCCUGCACCUCCAACCGGAAUGCACUUUUCUUCAUCAUCCAUGAAAGACUCCAACUCGAGAAAGAAAAUCUUAAAUCAAGUUAUGGAGGCUCUAAGAAAUGAGAAGGUGAGCGUGACUGCGAUAUGCGGGAUGGGCGGGAUCGGGAAAACAACCAUGGCCAAAAAAGUUGCUGAAAGAUCAAAAGAUGAGAAACUUUUCGGUGAGGUUGUUAUGGUAACAGUGUCCCAAAAUCCAAAUGUUGGUCGAAUCCAAGACACCAUUGCAGAUUUCUUAGGUUUGAAGUUUGAUCAGAAGAGCGAGGAAGGAAGAGCAAAAAAAUUGCGUCAGAGAAUAUUGGAAAACAUAAAAAACAUCCUUGUUAUACUGGAUGACUUGUGGGAUGAACUUAAUUUGGAGGCCGUAGGCAUCCCCGAUGGAUGUAAAAUUCUAUUGACAUCACGAGAUAAAGAUGUUUGCGAGAGAAUGAAAAGUCAAAAGAUUUUUGCCAUGGAAGUCUUAUCUGACGAUGAAGCUUGGAAUCUUUUCGAAGAGGUGGCAGGAAUUUCCAAUUGUACUCGUGAUCUACACAAGGUAGCAAAAAAGGUUGCAAAUGAAUGCAAAGGCUUACCCGUUGCAAUCGUCACUGUCGGAAGAGCUCUUGAAAACAAAAGUGAAAAAGAAUGGAAAGAUGCACUUCGCAAACUUGAAAAAUCAAUGCCAGAUGCACAAGUCUUUUCCCGUAUCAAAUUGAGUUAUGACCUUUUAGCAACCAAAGAAGAGCAAUCAUGUUUUUUGUUAUGUUGCUUAUUUCCAAAAGACUACAAUAUUGGUAUUGAAACUUUGGCUAUAUACGGGAAAGGACUAAGGUUGUUUGAAGGAAUUGAUACAAUGGAAGAAGCAAGAAAUGGAGUUUAUACUCUGGUUUAG